UUUUAUGUAAGACAGUUCUUUGUACUAAUUGAACACAACAUCCAUUAGUCAUUAAUUCAUCUAAUUUAUUAUUUGUUCAAAUACGUUUUUGGAACUAGACGCGCUUACUCAACAUGUUCAGUUUCUUGCUAGUUGUUCUGUACGCAAGAGGAUUUGUAGCUGAAAAUGGGCCAUUUGUCCUGACUUCUUUAGGUCCAAUAAGAGGAUUCUAUAAGUCAUCAUUUCAUGGUCGUAAAUUUUCGGCAUUUGAGGGAAUUCCAUAUGCAAAACCCCCGGUCGGCGAUUUACGAUUUGAGCCGCCUCAAAAUGCGUCGCCUUGGAAUGGUGUAUUAAACGCCAAUAAACAGUACAUCUGCAUGCAAUUGGAAAACGCAAUGAUUACCGAUGAUGCUACCAUAGGCACCGAGGAUUGUCUGUACUUAAAUGUUUACGUACCUAAAACACAAAUUUCGACCGACGACAAUUAUGACGUAAUAGUUAAUAUUCAUGGAGGAGCGUUUAUGUUUGGAUCCAGUACAUCAUACGCAGGUCCCUGUCCGUUAAUGGACCGCGAAAUAAUUUAUGUGAACAUAAAUUAUCGCGUAGGUCUUCUAGGGUUUUUAAGCACCGAAGAUAAUGUCGUACCUGGAAACAAUGGAUUGAAGGACCAGCAACAAGCCCUUAAAUGGGUACAAACGCAUAUAAAGCAAUUUGGUGGUAAUCCAAAAUCAGUAACUCUCAUGGGGGCGUCAGCUGGUGGAGCUGCGGUCCAUUUGCAUUAUUUCUCCCCGAAAUCCAAAGGUUUGUUCCAUAGAGGUAUAUCUCAAAGUGGAACUGCCCUGAUGUCGUGGGCCAUUCAGGACGGUGCCGCGCAGAAAGCAAGAAAGCUGGCAACGAUUUUGAACUGCGAAGAUUCGAAUACACAAACUUUCAUUAAGUGCCUGAAAGGCGUACCUGCAGAUAAACUCGUGAAACAAACGAAAUUGUUUUACCAGGUUGCGCGAUUGCCAGUUUCGCCCUUUGCGCCCGUUGUAGAAGUAGAGUCGGAGUCAUCUUUUCUAACAAAACAUCCGUACAAGCAGCUGGAAGACAGUGAGGUGAACGAUAUCCCUUGGUUGACAUGGGUUACAAAGGACGAAGGAAAUUUAGUAUCUAUUAUUCUGAACAAAAAUCUAAAUGAAGUGGAAACACACUGGGCAGCAUGGGCUGAACAUUUAUUUGAUUAUGAAUACGUUUGCUUGGAAACGAAAAAGCAUGACGUGUCUGAACGGAUUAAAUCGUUUUAUUUUCAAAAUGAACAAAUGCCUAAACGUUACACCAGUUUAUUGCUUAAGAGCUUUGGCGAUAGAUUAAUUAAUGUCGGCUUUGAAACUGCAGUUCAAAUGCAGGUGAAAGUUACAAAUUCAUCCGUAUAUGCAGCCAUUUACGGUUACAAUGCGGGUGUUACUCUCAGUACAAUUUUUGGAGUGGGCUUGGAAGGGACCACGCAUGGUGACGACACAUUGCUUUUACAUGGCAUAGACGCAAUUCAAUCAAUGUUUCCACACAUACAAUUUUCCAAAAACGACGUUUUAAUGAAGGAUACGUUACUUGACCUUCUUACAUCAUUUGUAAUCAACGGCAAACCACAAUGCAGGGGAGUGGAGUGGAAGCCGUUAACCUCUAAGAGUUACCAAUAUUUACUCAUUAACAAUAGCGAUAAUAUUAGUAUGUCAGAAAUACCCGAAUUAAGCCCAAAGGGGUUUUGGGAGGGUUUGAAUUUACGGGAAAAUAAACUAUUUUCGGAAAAACUACCAACUUUGUAGUGGACAUUGUGCUUACAGUUGAAUAAGUUCUUUUCUUAGUCACAGACAAGUUAUUCGUCAAUAAAUGUAUUGAU